UGGUUUCAUCAGACGUUAAGUAGAUCCCGGGGACACUGUGUCCAUUUCUUUUACUGUCUAUGGGUAGAUCGGGGUGGAAAAACAAAUCGGGAUGAACCCUUUUAAUGAUUAAUAAUUUAAGGCAUAAGGACUUGUUUACUCAGAAAAUGCUGUUUAAUGUGUAUUUGUUGACAUGCUUUCUAGUCGCCAAAGCAGGUAAGAUUUCUGCAGAUUUUAUGUAAUUUCGAGGGUUUCGAUGGAAUAGUAGGUACUCUAAAACUAAUACAGUUAUUGGCUAAGUAAUUAUCGGACGAGGAUAUUUUACAUCAGUGCAUAGUUAAUCUAACUGAAAGUGUAACAUGAGACAGUUCGGAGCUGUAAAAUAACCACGCAAAUGAAUUCUUCCUCUGAGACAUAACUAAACAAAUACAAUUCGAAGAGGAGUCACAAAAAUUCUGUCACAACUAACUUGAAAAUAACAGACAGAGCAGAGGUCUUCAUGUAGGAAACUGGUGUGUUUGCACAGUGUUUUAUGAUGCAUAAUUCUAUUUCUUAAACGCACAUUUUGUGUCUUAAUUAGUUAGCAACCACAAAAUAUAAAAAAAUUAAGCUACACCUUUUCCCUCUUUUUUUUCCUGGCUCUGUCAAUUAUUUUGCAGUAGCAUGCAAUGUUGCCUCACAGUCUGGCAAAACGUAUAGUUCUUAACUGGAUACAUUUUAACUUAAAUCUAAGAAAGCAUUGCUUUUUCAUCUCUUCUUGAAUGUCUGAAUAACACAAAUGUAGCCUCAGUGCACUGGUCACUUCUGAGUUGUCUAGCGGUUAUAAAAGAUUUGACUUGACAUAAAUAAUACGAAUGAACUCACAUGUUGCUUUUGGUCCUGUCUAAUUUUAUUCAGUCUUGAUCAAUUCCUCUGUUUACAAAAUUUCACUCCAUUAAUCUGUCCUUACCUCACUGAUAUUUCCAUUCGGAUGUCUACUUAUCAGCUUAAUCUAAACUUUGACAACACUGAGCUGCUUUUUUCACACUUCACAACAUUCAAAUCUCUCCACACGAUUUUCACUACAUAUACAGCUGGGAACUGUGCUGCUCACCUACACAAACCACAUAGGAAUUUUAUACAUAGGCUAUGUAAUUUAUCUUAGUAGUAGAAAAUGUCUCAGAUGUACACAUUAUAUAUUCCUUGUGUAUCCACAGAUGUUCACUCGUUGAUGGUAUUUGUAACAUAUAUAGCUGGACCGACACCAUUUCCUGAGUUCAGUGCUGUGCUGAUGUUAAAUGAUGUGCAAAUAGCAUAUUAUGACUCGGUCACAUGGAAACCUAUCUAUCGCACUAACAGUACUGAUUUGCAGUUCCAUGAAGAAGACCAAAAGGAUGCUGAUAUUGUAUUUCGCGAUAUGUAUAAUAUCUUUAAAGAAAGAGCAUUUUAUCUUAAGGAGCACCAAAAUCACACAGAUGGUAUACAAGUUCAUCAGAGAAUUGCUGGAUGUAAAUUGUUAUAUGAAAUUAAACCAGGUCUACUUCAGAGAUGGGAUGCUUUAGAUGGACAAAAUAUAGAAGAUUUAAUUUUUGACAUAGAAAACAACAAAACCCAGACAAAAAUGACAUGGCAGCCAUGGGAUCAACAGAAAUGGAUUCGUGUAAAGUAUAUGUAUGCAAAUGUUUAUUAUCCUCUUUGUAUGAAAGUUUUGCGGAGGUAUCUAUAUAUGGAAAAGAACAACGUGCUGAGAGAAGUAAAACCCAGAGUCAGACUCAUGAGGAAGACACUCUCAGACUCUCAAGGGCUUCAGAUCAGCUGUCUGGCCACUGGUUUAUACCCCCGUCACAUUAACCUGACCCUGUUCAGAGAUGGUCAGCCAGUGGAAGAUAAUCUGAUCACAGGAGGAGAGAUUCUGCCCAACGGAGACGGAACUUACCAGAUGAGGAAGAGUUUGGUGAUCAGUGAAGAAGAGCCUACUGGCGGCUGAAUCUGACCCAGGAUCCUUCAGUCAGUUUGUAGUUUUCAGUGUGCUGGUGUUCAUGUGUGUGGCUGUUUUCAUCAUAACUGCACUCAUCAUAUGGAGGAGGAGACGAGCUGCUGGACAGGGAAGUACAUACUCCCCUGCUACAUCUUCGAUGCACGAUAGAACAUGAAAAGUGAAAAGUGCUUGUUAGAUACUAUUUGAGGUGUGCUACGAUGGCCUUCAAAUGAUAUUUAAAAAAUACAAAGACAAAGGAACAUAUAGGUAAAUAAUGUGGGUCUCGAACCCAGGUUUCCCGCAUGGGAGGUGGGCGCACUAACAAUGAGGAUAAAGACUGCAGCUGCUAAUUUGCCUCUUGAAAACAGGCAAGUGAGGUUUACCUGCACAGCACCUACCUACUGGCCUCUUACACAAGCUCAUUGGAAUAUGAUGCUAUAGAAACCAGUCAUGUGCCAUGUCAUGUCAUGUGCCAUGUAGAAAACUAUGUGAUUGCUAUCAGUCAUAUGUACUGUGUGUACUAACCUAUCAGUCUGCAACCAUAUUGAGUUUCAAGACAAAACUUUGUAAUUCUGUUGAGAGUUUGGCAUGCAAACAGAUUUUACAAUGUUAAUGUAUUUGGUCUUGGUAGAACAGAUCUGCUAUGCUGUUUCAUUGCUGCUGCUGCUACUGCAGAGCAAGUAGAGAGAUACUGCCAAUAUGUACAUAGACACACUGCUGUGUGCAUUUAACAUGCUGCUGCAGGUUAACAUGCAAGGGGUGUUCCUAGUGUUCAGUGUGGUGUUAGAUCCAGCAUACCAGUGCGUGCGUGCAUGCAUGAGUGGAGUGUUGGCAACUAAGUUUCAGGAGAAGUUGCUAAAGAAAGGUCGAUUUGUUGCUAAAUGACAUUGUGUUGUCAUUGCACGAUGACAUUAUUACAUAAUUAUGACACAGAAUUACAUCAAAUCUCAGGAAACAAAUUGUAUGUGUUAAUUUAGAUUUGUUCAAAAUAUAAAUGACUAUUUUUAAAUACAACAUUGAAUUAUUUAUCACUUACACAUUUUUGAACAAUUGCAAUUUAAGUUUUUUAUUAUUAUUAUUAACUAGUAAACUAGUAAAACUACACGUUCUGAACAAUUAUAGUUUUUUAAGCAAUGUAUUAGCAGUUAGUAUAAAAAUAGGGCUCAAUCUACUAUAUCAGGGCUAUUCGGUUAGU